GGUAGCAUGAAACUUUCACAUUCCAUGCAUAGCAGAGCUAUAGAGGCAGUUGGGAAGAGUGACUGCUGGAGGUUCAGUCUGCUCUGAGCUCUCAUUCUGUGAGCAGCUAGCUCUAUACUGCAAGGAUAUAACACAGGCUGGCCCUAUAAUCUGCUCCGCACAUCUGCUAUGGUUUGGUGAGUGUCCUCGCUACAGUAUCUGGUGGGCCUGUGCUGCUCGCACUGCUGUUAAUGAAUAUUUAAACACCGUUUACGGCUUGUUAUUAUUAUUAUCUGCAUUUAUAUAGCACCAACAUAUUCUGCAGCGCUGCACAAUAUUAUAAAAAGGGGAAAUUUAACAAUAAAUGAGACAAUUACAAAAUAUUACUGGAACAAUCGUGUGAUGAGGACUAUGCUCGAAUGUGCUUACAAUCUACAUUGUAAUAUGUGACUGUGGGUUUAUGUGUAAAGAUAAAUAUGUGCGCUUGUGGCUGUCUUCUGCUGGUCUGCACUGAUAAUAGAGGGAUAUUUUAUUAGUAGAAAAGUCAAUAUUUUAUACUGCCUAUUUGUUAAUAGUGGCUAUGUAAAGUGCUUGUUUCAGCAGUUAUAACACGGUUAGUAGUUUGUUUAUUAAUAGCCAAAUGUGUUUGUAGUGAAGUUGUGUUUUGAGAGUUUUUGGGUAGAUUUUUUUUAAAAAUAUAAAUAUCUUAUCUUGUAUACAUUUUGCUGCUGUGCUAGUUUGUCCAUAUGUUACAUUUCCUGAUUACUGUAUGUGGAUGCGUGGGCUUUUUCGGUACUUCUCCCUAUAGAUUGGAGCAUAACAUUGUUUGGGUAAUAACGAGAUUAGCACAAAAUUUAAACAGGAAAUGUUUAUUUCGAGUGCAAAUCACAAGCCUCACAUUUGAUAAACAUCAGGAAAUUCAUGUUUGUCUUUAUUCAAAUAUGACUGCGUAAUUAUUUAGGGAAGUGGGCAAUUGUAAUUUUGUCUAAAUAAUUGAAACAGAGCAGUAUUUAUGUGUUUGUGUGUGUGUGUGUGUGUGUACAUAUAUAUAUAUUAUUACUCUUUUUUUAAAAAUAUAUAUUUUUAUUACUGGCAUUUAUAAAAUGCCAACAAAUUGUGCAGCGCUGUACAAUUUGGGAAAAAGACAAAGCCCAAUAAGAACAGACAGAUACAAAAGGUAGAGGGCCUAUAACAUGCUUGUUGUAAUUGAGAACGGCAACAUUAAAUACAGUUUACAUAGUAUCAUUUAUUAUUAGCAUUUAUAUAACGCUAACAUAUUCCGAAGCACUUUACAAUUAUAGAAUGGGUAUAUUUGACAAGUAAUUGACAUACAAAAAUGACCAGAGACACGAUUAGGAGAAGGUCCUGUGCAAAUGUCUAAACAAACUAUGGAGAAUAUGAAAGACAGGCUAACAUUAGAUAUUGGCUAAAUAUGACUUUGUGAAAAUAAAGUUUAAAAGAGUAAGAUUGUGCCCUUGGGAAGAUUAUUAUUUAGUUUUUUUUAGUGUCUACAUUGUUUACAGUGUCAGUAAAGGGUUAACCAGAGUGCAUUCUUUAUGGACAAGAUAAGUGGGGCCUGCAGGUGUUUGGUCACCAUUGGUCGCCUUAGCAAUGGCUUAGGAAUUUGUAAGGUUUGUUUUUUUUAUCAAAAACAUCUUUGUUCUUGUUUUGAAAACGGGCCUUUGUACGGUUGUGGCAGGGCCGCAAUUCAUAAAGAAUGUCCAUUGCAACACAAUAGGGCCCGGUGAUGUCAUUUCUUAGCUAUGUAUAAGGUGGUGGCGUCUCGUACACUGUGGUAAAGGUUCUGUUUAUGGGAGCAGGUUUUAUUUUUAUUUUUUUUCCAGUUAAACACAUUUUCUACAGAUGUUAUAGCGUAAUCGGCUGUAAAAACUUUGGGAUUAUGAGAGAUUUUUCCAGAUGGAGAGGGAUCCCUGCAUUUCUACCAGCUUUGUUUAACGAAAAGAGCAUUGUAGAAGAUAUUCUGCUGUAAAUGUCUGGAAUGAGGGGUGUGUGUGUGUGUGUGUUUGUGUGUAUGAAUGCAUAUAUGUUUUCUUUUAUCUGAAGUAGACUUAUAAAUACAGUGUGUUAACAGAGGCCUGCAAUGCAAUAUGUCAUGCACUGUCUUUGACUGCUCACCUUAAACAAGGAAAUGUGGAAUUUUAGGGGCGGGCUGCAAAACUGAGGCAGCAGGGGGGCAUACCACAGAUACACAGGACUUUAGCUGAAUAAGAAAGGCAGGGUGGAAUUCCAUCUCUGUGCCCCCCCUCCCUCCUUCCCUCUCUUUAUUAGAGGCCAGACCUGGGCUUUAGUUUUAUCUGAAUAGAUUAUGGCGAGAAGCAAGCCAGCGAUUGCUGUGAAUUAUUAAGUGAUAUAUAAACACAAAAAAACGUUUGCGUUUUAAUAGAACUAAAAAAAAAAAAAAAGUUUUUUGAAAAAAGAAAUUCUGAUGUGUUUGAAAUAAGCCACAGUAAUUUGCCACCAAGGUCAGUCCUAUUGGAAUGUAGGUCAGAAUAUUAACAGAUAAUUAGAAUCCCAGUAAGCUUAGCAUUCCAGCCUCCAGCAAUGUUCUAGGAAGUCUCUGAUGUUAUCUAUUGACAUGUACAUUACAACAAAUGUACCUAUUUUAUGUGCUCUGCACUACAAUGUGUGCACGUGUGAGGCUUUACAUUUUUCUUGGGUAAGCUCUGGUUAAAAACAGAUUAAUUAACUAUUCCUUGUGAAUUUAAGUGCCUUUUUAAGCGUUUUUUUGUGUUUUUUUUUUUUUAUUAAGAGUUCAUAGUAAGUACAAAGGAUAUCAUAACAGAAGCACAGAACAUGCUAAUUUUAUUUCAGAAUAAAAAGUGUUGCAUGCUAAACAAAAGUUGUAUCCCUGUACUUUAAGGAGGCGUUUUGUUUGUUUUUUAUGAAGAUGUUGGUUCUAUUUUGUAUGAGAUUUUAGUAUUUUAGGUGUUUCUAUUCUGAUUUAUCUAAGAACUUUUUUUUCUUCUCACCCGCAGGCUUUGGCAACAGAUCUGUGGGUCAGUGUAAAUUUUGGGGAGAGGAUUAUCCAGAAUUAUUUUGAGGAAACUCUUUAAAUAUUUUUUGGGGGGAUUAAUUUUUUUGGCUUUGUAAGUAAGAAUGAGGACGGCAGAGGACUCGUCUGGAACAGUUCUGCAUCGCCUGAUUCAGGAGCAGUUGAGGUAUGGCAACCUCAGUGAGAACCGCACAUUAUUAGCUAUUCAGCAACAGGCACUGAGAGGUGGAGGUGGCAAUGGUAGCCCCAGGUCUUCCCUUGAAAGCCUUGAGCAAGAGGAGGUACAGAUGGCACCUUCAGCAAGACAGGAACCACAAGGUCAAGAGCAUCACUCUGACCAUUUCUAUUUGGAGAACCCCAUGUAUAAAGUGCAAGAAUUUCAGCAUAGGGGUGAGGAGCUCCCAACUUAUGAAGAAGCUAAGGCUGCCCUCUCCCAGUACUAUGCAGCACAGAACAGUCAGCAGGUAGAACAUGGUUCUCAUCAUCGACAGGACCAAUCCCUUAAAGAACUUAAGCAUGGUCAUGUCAGGUCUCUGAGUGAACGUCUACUGCAGAUGUCUCUGGAACGCAAUGGUGCCAAGUCACAAAACCUCAUGAGCUCUUCUCAUAGCUUUCCCCAGCUCUCUAGACAAUACCAGCUAUCAGUGGCUCAUGGACAUCAGGAGGGGGUGCACUAUAAAUCAGCUCCUCCAGAAUACCCAAGUUAUGGACACCAGGAUCAUAAUGUCAGUGGAUAUGUUCAAGAUCAGAGGCACUAUGGUGGGGAUCUUCCGCUUUACCAUCAGUCUGAAGUCAGGUGAGUUAAAAUUCAUCUAAUCCAAACUCAUGUAAAUAUGGACUGGUGCAGGGGUAGGAAACCUUCGGCACUCCAGAUGUUGUGGACUACAUCUCCUUUGCCAGCAAGAUGUAGUCCAAAACAUCUGGAGUGCCGAAGUUUGCCUGGACUAGUGUAUACUGCUGCAGUAGUAUGACCCAUGUGUUAUAAACUGGAUUUUGCUUAUUGUUUAAUGAUGAUUCUAUGAUGUUUUAUGUUCCAAAGAUAAAAUUCCUCAUUGUUAUGUAUAACAUAAUAGCAGUCUAUUUCCUUUCAUUAGUUCCUUUUUUGGGUUCCGUAGAGAGCUAUAACCUUUUGUUUAAUCUGCCAUGUUCAAAAGGAAAUGUAACACAAAACUAAGUAUACAUUUUAUGUAUAUAUUUUUGUUACUUCUUACUCUAGGUGACCAUUUAAACACUACACUAUAACACCAAUGAAAACUAUUCAAAAUAAGAGAGUCAGCUUUGCUACACUUUAAACUCUCAGGAUUCAAUCAUCACGCAGAGUUGCUGACGUCGGUUCAGCCAAUAUAUAGUCCAGAUAGAGUAGCUGCUUAUGCACGUAGUAAAGACCUACAUUUUAUCAAAAGCUUCUACAAAAGGGGAUGUUAAAAAAAAAAAAAACUACUAGUGUCUCUGGAAUUUAGAGUUUCUCUGACAGUAAACACUGAGUUAGUGGAGUCUCCACCAUUCUUUAUUGUUCAGACAGGAAAAGAUAAAUGGAGACAGGAAGUAAGUCUCUGUGCAACAAGAGUAGAUAAUGGUCAAGGAAUAUGUUCAGUCUCACAAUAAAAGAAUUUGCUCACUUGUUAAAUCUUGUGAGCCUUUUGGCAGCAAAUACGUUUGGGAUAACCAACGGAAAUACCAGUUCUAUUGUGAUGGCCAUUUUGAAUACCUAAAAUUCCAACAAAUGGCGUGAAAGGAAUAUGCAUUAUUCUGACUUUAGACUGUAAAAUGAAAUUUGUAUUACCCUUCCUUCCAGGCAUUGGUAUGUGGUCUGACAAUACUGUAAUUACUUCUUUAUAAAACUAAUUAUAAAUCGUAGUAGUGAUACUGUCUACCUGAACUAUCUGGGCAUCUACAUCCUGCCAUACACUAUGCACACUGCAAUGUUUUGAUAAAAUUAUUAUUUUUUUUCAAUCUCAAACACAUCAUUGUAAUUUAUCUCCGGGUAUGUCACAAUUUGCAUAUGUCUAUCCACGCUGCCACAGAACAAUGUAUUUCUCAGGGUUACGAACAACAAACUGGUUUAUAUCUCACACCAUCUGUCAAUUUAUCUCCCACAGGGCUGUGCAGGACCAGAACCUUAAUUAUGGACCUAUAGCAUCUUUUAAUAUAACGGGAUCACAUAUGGCUCGGAUGGAUGCUCUUCUGAGAGAAAAUGAAAAGUUACGAAUGGAGCUGGAAAGUUACAGUGAAAAAGCUGUUAAGAUACAAAAGGUACAUUUUAAUCUGUGCAGUCAACCUCAACCUAUUGUUGCCAAAGGUGCAAUGAAUGUACAAUUUACAGCAUGACUGACAAAAAAAAACAACUACAAAGCUUCUCUGCUCUACAAGAUCAUUGUCUUCUACUUUUUAUUGUUGUAGAUAGCUCAAUAAGAUACAAAUGUUCUGUGUGUAUAAUGUGAUUAGGGCUUAAAAAUUGUAAAAUCCAUUCUUCAGAAACCAAACUAUUAAGAGGUAUCAAUAUCCACAAUUUAACUAUGAAUUAUCCAUCAACAGUUGCUUCUCUUAGAACGUUCACAAGUUAGUGCCUCACCAUUGGAAAACUCAUUACCAUGCUUCCAAGAAACCUUUCCACAGACAAGUCAUUGUGGCAGGAAACCCAUCUGGCCGUGAAAGGGGGGGGCACUACGGUGGCCCACCCCUCUCAGUUUUGUUUUGUCAUCCAAGUCCCUUUCACUUUUUUCCAGUCCAUACCCACCCCCAACACACUUUCUGUAUCGUCUCCCCAUUAACAGCUGCAAAAGAUCGGGAACAAUGGGACAGCCAUGAGCCAUUUGUUAGAGGCACACUUAGAACUGAGGUCUGCUGACAGUUGCUUAAAUUUUGUGUUCUGCUUGAGCUGACCUGAUAUGGCAUAAAUGAGCUAUUGUGUGUGGAUGAAAAGGUGCUUGUGUUAGGAAGGCCUCAGCUGUAAGAAGAAGGGAGGGGGAUCCAACCCCAUAGCAAAUGUGUAAUCCAGACAGGCAGGUGGCAUAACAUCGACAGAAAUAAUCCGUAUUUUGUAUAAUUUUUUUUUUUUUUUUAAUGCUGCAUUGUUGACAUUUUCUGUGAAUAUUGUCUGUAUAGUUAUAAGCAAAUUAACUGGACUUUAAAAAUUCUCUUCUUAAAAUCGUUCAGCUUGUAAAUAUUUAAAUGGAUAUAUUGACUGAUAAAUACAUUCUAAUUAUUUUUUAAAUAUAAUUUUGUAUUUUUUAAAUAUAAUUUUGUACUAGGAGCACUAGUUUUGCUUGCCAACCUCUAUGGCAUAAUCAGUAAAAGCUUUUUUUUAAUACUGUAUAAAAAAGGAUUUUGUGGUGAAUCUAUGAGAAUGGACACAAUACGAUGAGUUGGACACUUAUUGAUUCUCACUGUCUCUCCUCUAUAGCUGGAAACAGAAAUUCAACGCAUCUCUGAAGCCUAUGAAAGCCUUAUGAAGGCAUCUUCUAAGCGAGAGUCCCUUGAGAGUGCUAUGAGGACCAAGAUGGAGGGGGAGAUGAGGCGCAUGCAGGAUUUCAAUCGUGAUCUUAGAGGUAUGCUCCAAGAAGACAUUUUUCACAUAGGUCACACACUAGAACCCUGUCAAUCACAGUUAGCGUUAUACAGGGAUUAUUAAUCUUUGCUGAAUAGGCAAAGCGGGAAGGUUCUGAUAUAGAAAAAACACAGACAUUAGUAUCACAAGCAAAGACAAGGAACAAUUUAUUACAAAAAAAUCAUCAGUCUACAAAUUGUUUUCCUGUAGUAUGUUAGAACAAAAUAAGGCAUUAUAAGACUACCUUUAGAUUGGCUUUCUUAUAAAGACUUAAUAUAGAUGUAGAAACAAAGGAAUAAUGCUUUUUUUUUGUGCGCUAAUCCUUCACCGUACAUUAAAUGUUUUUGGACGAAUUAUAAUCUGAUUUUACAUGGCAGGUUAGAAUAUGUUUGCAAGGACUUUUUUUUUUUUUCGCAUCUGAUCUCUGAAAGAUUGUAAAAAUCUAUGUGAUCUCAGCACAACUCAUUCUUCUGGAUUCUCAUCGGCUUUCAUUGUGUAUCUCUUUAUGUAGAGCGCCUGGAGUCUGCUAACAAACAGCUAGCUCUUAAACGUGUGGAGCAAAGAGAUGACACCCAAGGAGCAGUUUCAAAGCUGAUUGCUCAAUGUAAGUACCAUGAUGUCUUCAAUAUAGACUUGACCUUGUUUCUGUCUAUUAAGAGUGGAGUUGAUCAAUGUUCAAAUACCUAUAUUAUCCUUAUUUAUCAAUAAAAAGCUGUAUAGGAAAUCUCAUAUGUCCAUGCUGUACAAACACAUGCUUGUUACAAAAGGAAACAUUUUGUGACAUUCGAAAAUAUUCAAACAGUCCACGGCAUACUUUUAAAGUCUUGAUGGUAUUUUAAAUAACAUUGCAGUUUUUUUGUUUGUUUUUCUGUACUUUGGUGUGAGCGAGUCAUUUUGUUUAGACUGCUUUCUGCAGCUUGUUUUGCAGACAUGCAUUUUCAUAUAUGUAAGGUCCAAACUCUGUGUUUAUUUUUAAAAAAAAAUUUGGUUAACAGACCUGGCUGGAUACGUGUGAUUUACAGACACACCUUUUAAGGAUACAGAGGAAGGAGUGCCAUAACUCUUUUUUUACUGCAUCCUGUGGAAAAUCUCGAUAUCCUGUAGCAAACAAACAGGGCUCAAUGGGAUCUGAAUUCUUCGCAUUCCUAUAGCUGCCCCCUAACCUACAAACACUUAAAAUUACCCAGACCUGCUGCAUACAAUGGGUUAACAGGAUGGGACUCACACAUAUGUGUAAACACAACGCGGUGUUUGUGAUGUCCUCCUGUUCAAAAUAGCACAAUUAUCUAAAGGUAAAAAUACAUGUCAUUGGUUUGUAAACCAUUACUACUUUGUAUUUAUUUGUAUAAAUUGCCAGGUCAAUUCAUUUUUAAAACUUCAUAUUAUAGUAGUUAUUUAAAAAUCAUACUACAUUGUUGGUAAGUGUGACAUGAAAGUCACAUGAUAACUUGAGAUCAGUGCUAUGGAAUCUGUUGGCGCUUUAUAAAUAUUAAUAACUGAAAUGAAUGAUAAGCUGUGCUCUGUUUUUGCAUUGUAUUGAGCCAGCCAAUUAUAUCACAAAAAAAGGGAAAACUAUUCCCUAAUGUCAAUCAAAUUUAUCCUUGGAUCAACAACCUUUUUAGAUGCAUAUUAAUUAUGUCCUUGGAAAUUCUGCAAAAAAGCAUUCAAGCCUUUUUUUUUAAAUAUCCAUAGAAUUUGAUCUUCAUGUUUAGGAGGCUGCAAAUGCCAUGAUUGAGAACUGGUCUAUCCAGGAUAUACAUCCUGGAGCUGUCAUCUCUGUGCUAUCAGACUGUUCCAAGCCUGGGAACUCAUUUGUUUGCUUAACCUUUUCAUGGAACGUUGAAUUCAUAGUCAAGUUUACCUUACACUUUCGAAUAUUCCUGUUGAUCUUUUUAAAGUAAUUAUGAAGAAAACUUUGUCAAAAGCUGAUCUCUCUCUUUAAUGGAUAGACAUUUCCAUACUUGGUUCCUGUGUAACAUAUGGUCCUUUGCUAAAUAUGGGAUCUGCAUCUUCUUACAGCCAUUUUAUUUUGUACUACUAAAUUAUAUAUUGCAUUGAUACACUACAUUCUGAUUUCAAUACACAGGAACUUUAGCCAGUGAUAACUCCUCUAGACUCCUGAUUUCGAUUCAAGAACUUUUAGAUAAAAUGUUUUCCUUCUACAAACCCUGUAUGAGACAUCUGUGUCCAAAACUAGCAUACUUAUGAUGUAGUAUACAAACUUUUAAGUAAUAGUUUCAGAGUUUCCUUAUGCAUGGCUCAGAUUUUACCAAUAGAACAUUCUAAGAGUUCAUUUUUGUGCUUACGCACGUGCCUUUAUCUAAAAAAUAUCAUUCUUUUUCCUCCUUGAACAGGUCGUGAUCAGCAGCAAGAAAGAGAGAAGCUAGAGAAGGAGAUCAGUUUGCUACGCGGUGCCAAUGAGGAUCAGCGACGACGAGCUGAAUUGUUGGAGCAAGCUCUUAGCAAUGCACAGUCCAGAGCCGCACGUACUGAGGAUGAGCUGCGCAAGAAGCGAGCAUAUGUAGAGAAAGUAGAGAGGUUGCAGCAAGCAUUGAGCCAACUUCAGGCUGCCUGUGAGAAGAGGGAACAGCUUGAACUUCGCCUUCGAACCCGACUGGAACAGGAGUUGAAGACACUAAGAGCUCAGCAGGUAAAGGUCAUUUUAGAGCUAGUUGUUACAGCAGCAAUGAUGAUUAAGUGAUUAGGUCACGGGGUUUGUUCUAUAGUAAUUCUUACUCCAAUGUAUCUCUCCCAACAGAGGCAACCCACAGCACAGAAUGGAAACCUUUCCCCAGAACUCUCUGCCACAAUCCUCUCUGAGCAGUUGCGAGAGAAAGAAGAGAAAAUAUUAGCCCUUGAGGCCGAUAUGACCAAGUGGGAGCAGAAGUAUCUGGAAGAACGUACUAUGCGACAGUUUGCUAUGGAUGCCGCAGCCACAGCGGCUGCUCAACGAGACACAACCAUUAUCAAUCAUUCACCUCGCCACUCGCCGAACAGCAGUUUUAAUGAGGACUUGUUGAUGGCCAGCCAUAGGCAUCAAGAGAUGGAGAAUAGGUACGCUACAUGCAUUCUUAGUUGUGUUUGUAUUGUAUAUCAUAUAUUAGUCAUCCUUCAAAUAUCCUGUGUCUUGUUUGAUCAUCUGUAGUCAAAUUAGGGAACAAAAGAAAAGGUUUCAUUGUCAGAUUGUUUUAUUUUUAUGAAUGUUUAUAGCUUCCCACUUUAAGAAGUGGAGGUGAAAUUGAGUGGAGGUGUUGGAAUUCUCUAUUCUACAUUGACAUCCUAAAGCAUGUUUAGUUCAAACAACAUUCCUCUUCGCUAGUAGACAUGUUGGGACAGAUAGGUGGCUUUGCUCAUAUCUGAGUGAUACAGAAACAAUAUUCCCAAGAGAUGGGAAGAAAAUCUUGGCAGCUUUCCUUGUGUUUGAUCUUUACUUUGGUCAAUACAGUGAGAACACACAACUGAUCUCCUUUGAUGUUUGUGCUUAUAUUUAGAAUUCCUAAUCGCAGUAUUUAAUCAGUAGCUUAUCUCGAUAUUGAUUUACAUAAUGCAAUUUUAAAAACGGGUGUAAUUUGAGAACUCUGUUUAUGUUUAUACAAUGGAUUACUCUAUAUUUGAGUGCAUUUCAAGAAAUUUUAAGAAAAACUUUAGUGUUAGGAAUACAAAGAUGAAUGAGAUGAAGUGGUCUGAGUGCCUCUAGUGUCCUUUUAAUUGAUCUUUUGAAGUAAUAAAAUGUAUUUUUUUCCCACUAGAAUCAAGGCCCUCCAUGCUCAGAUACUGGAGAAAGAUGCAGUUAUAAAGGUUCUACAGCAACGAAAACCUUAUCAAGGCGCUCUCCGACCUGCCAAAUCUGUUCCUUCUAUUUUCACUCCAUCGGGGAUCAGCCAAGCCCCACCCUCAAAUGAAAGAAUAACAGCCAGCACCCCCAUAGGAGCAACAGGUGAGUUCUCAAAAUUUAUACACUAGCUCUUAGAAGCUUGCUAGAUUUGUCUUUUAUUUCUGUUUUAUUCAACAGAUAGAGGCAGACUGAUACAUUCGUUAGAGAAGGGAGUUGACAAGCUAAUGUCAAUAUUAGGAAUGUCUCACACUGUUUGGUUUAUCAUUACAGAUAAAUUCAGAAUACUGUAACAUUAAAAGACCUUGCUAUAGUGGAAUGUAAUUGGCAUAGACAAUCUGUUCUACAUCAUAAGAUGACCUAGAAAAUAUAAAUAAGAUUUCCAGAACAGAAAAUUGUAUGGGGGCUAAAUGUUACUGAAAAGAUUCCCAUGGUAUGCCCUUUUCACAGAAAGGGUUAUGAUUCCACAAUAAUUGGCUACCAAUAUACCGAUUUUGGUUUCAGCGCAAUCCAUUCUAAUACAAGAUCUCUGACUUUUUUUGUAGCCAACAAACCAAGCGAGCUGUCAUCAUUCGGCAUGCCUAUCUUACGUAUUCACUCCAAGCAUGGGAGCAAAGAUGGUUGUACCCAAACAGAAUGUGGCACACAGCAAAGCGUUAUGACUGAAUUGAUAAUGGAACGAAAUGCAGGCUCCUCAGUAGGUAAGGAACCAUGACAAUGUGAUGGAGAUGGUAGUAUGGCGAUUCAGGGCAAAUUGUAACAAGACAAUGUGCAAAACAUGGAAGAAUACAUUAUUUUUCUACAUCUCUGCUUGGGUUUAACUGUAGGCUCUCAUCCAGGACAAAACCUUAAAUCACAUGUACAGACACAUAUAUAUAUAGUUACAGUGUAGCUCAUUCAGCAGGAUUAUUUAUGUCAAAAACCUUUUCUAGCUUAUGGACGCAUGUGUUUGUAUGUUUGUGUGUGUGCUUUGUGUGUGUGCAUGUAUGCAUGUGUAUGUGUAAGAGGAUGGUUUCACAACAGCAGAAGCUGCUCUCUCUCACCUCCCCUCCCCCAGGCUGAGCCCGUGCCGAGCCCUGCAUAGCUAAGAGCUUUCUCCUCUCACAAUCCCUGCCAAGGCUUGGCCUCCCUUGGUGAUGACUAAUCCUAAUGAAUGUCAGCUAUGCAGCUGGAAACAGAAUGCAGGUGUGAGGCCAAAAGACUUGAGAGAAGGGGGAAGUGAGCAAUACUGAGGUUUAAAAGAAAGAAAAAUGGUCGGUACCCCUACCUAAACCAUCCUAGACAGAACAACAGCUCUGAUGACCAAGUGUUUAUUUAUUUUCCAUGAUAAGAAAUAAAAUUGGUUAACUGAGAAUUACAUAAGUAAACAUUUUUGGGGGUGAGGACCUUUUUAGAUGUCCUUCAAUUUCUGGGAAUGUCCCAGUGAUCUUCUACCAGUUGGUCAGAUGUAACACUGCCUCCCACUUCUCGAUCUGCCCCUGGCAUAUUCAGUCUGUGCUGGAUGUAACCUCACCACUUGUUUUACUCUGGGAAGAUGCAAUGUAUCUGCUGAUCGUUCAAACCCACAGACAUGCUUGGAAUGUCCUCCUUUUAAAUCUUCCUCCCCCUCACACAGCAAGGCAGGCAAAGAAAAUAAGCCAGUAUGACCAAGCUUCUAAAAUAUUCAGACAUUAAAGUCCAGAGCAACACACAAUUGUAUCUCAAUAACAAAAAACUGUGCCUCUGUAGACUCAUAAAGCUUGAGGGCAGAACCAAAUGUCUGACGCAAGUGAGCCAUAGAAAUUCCUUUUCACAUCUUAUUUAGGUAAGGCAUUUGCCUUUUUUAAAUGUGUUCUAAACAUUUAAAAUCUAUUUGAAGCAUUUGAAAAAUCAACCAGUUAAAAUGCUAUGUAUGUGUGUUUUGUGAGAUAUGAUAUGCAUUGCCUGUUUUGUACAUAUUGACAUGGUUGGUCACAUAUUGUCUUCCUCAACAUUUUUGAAUUUAAUAACCAUUUGGAAGGUGAAUCAUUAUUGAUGGAAUCGUCAGUAGCUAGCACUGAGAUGCAGUCAUGCAUAGCCAAUGUGCUUUAUGUCCUCUAGACUAUUCAAUGAAUGCAUAUUAAUGGCAGUGAUAAUUUUUUUUAGAUUAUUCCACUGGCAACUAAAAUAUUAAAGAUGCCACAUAGAAGUUUUGUGCAUUUUAUUAACAUCUUCUCACCUAAUGUUAAUAUACUUGGCAUCUGUUAUAAGAAAAAAAAAAAGCAUGACUCAUUUUCAUUUGUUUAAUCAUACCUAUGCUAACGAGUAAAUUAAAAUUAGAAAAUAAGUCGAGGCACAUAUUAUUAUUCAUAUUUUUGACAUUUAUAUAGUGCCAUCAUAUUCCGCAGAGCUAAGAAAAGAAAAAGGGGGAAGUUUAACAAUAAAUGAGACAAAUACAAAAUGUAACAGAACAAUAGGUUGAUAUGGAUACAUCAUUUAAAAUUAAACGAUGUGCAUCUGUUGCUUUUGGGUGUAUUCAUCUGUUAUGAAAUAAUUGUCUAAUUUUAAGCAGACCAUUAAUGCCCUCUUUCUUCUCAUAUUACAGAAAUAUCAUCAAAAAAUUCCAACGCUUCUGAAAUGGUAGAGAUUCUUAUCUAGGUCUGUAUUUAACUGGACUAUCAUGUCAGUCUUGGAAGUGACAAAAACGAAAGAAAGUCUUAUAAUUUUGGAAAAUCCAGAAGUCAAUCUCUCGCAGCAGGUCAAGAUAGUCCCCCCACCAAAGGAUCAAGGACUUGCACAGUAACAAUCACCCCAAUAAGUUGCCAAGCUGAGAGGAGGUGAUGGAAGCUACGCGCGUGAAGGGAUGUUUUCUGCCAGCCUGGAUUAAUAAACGUAAACAAUUAUUUCACGUUGAAAGGCUCUUAAAACGACUGAGGUUGAGCAGAUUGGACAGCUGAUUUCGGAAUGCAGCUCACCUUAAUUCAGGCCUACCUUGAAAGAGAUGGACAUUCCGGGGUAGAAGAGUUCAUUUUUGGUUUUGUAAUGUCACAGGCCAACAACUCUUUGCUGCUAAAAAAAAAAAAAAAAAAAAAAAAAAAGGAAAAAAAGCCCUGCAAUGAAAGUGUGUAGUGGUGAAGUGGUUAAAAGUUACCGGGGGCUCUUGUCCCAAGUAUUUUUCAUGUAAAUAUGUAUGUGUUUAUUUUUAUAAAUCUCUGUAUUUAUACAACUGAGAAAUGUCUCUCUCUGAACUGAUCACUUGCUAGUCAGAGGGAUUCAAUGUGCAUCAAAGGUUUUUAGAAUGCCUUUCUUAAUAAGCUCUUAGAUUCUGUGAUGUUUUAGUAACAAUAUGGUAUUUACUAAUGGAGCUAUAUAUAUCUAUAAAUCAGUGAGCCAAAUAUUGUUACUCCAACACAUCCAAACCCUCUUAAGUGUUUUUAGUAAAAAAAAAAAAUUUUAAAAAAAGGAUAUUUGGAUAGAAUAUUCAAUUUGGCCCCGUUGGAAGUAAUCUUCAGUUCAUAGAACUGGGAAAAAAAAUCUCAGCAAAUUUAGCCUAUAUUUUGCAUCUUGGCUCACCCACAUCUUGCUCUUUAGUGAAUAAGUCCCCUUUUAUAUUUAUUUUAUAUUCUAAAAUAUCUUACCCCUCUGUUCUUCUCGCUCUUACGUGACUGCCGUUGCCGGACAAUGGCAGAUCUUUUUGUUUCUCAGAUCAAUACAUGUGUGUUGUUUACAAAAUCUAAAAAUCAUUUAAAUAUUUUAUAGAGCAAUAACAAAAGAAGAAAUAAAAAAAAAUUACAAAAAAUGGUCACCCCUUUCCUAAUCCAUAUCUCUGCCAAAGGGAUGGGGGUCUCCAAAGCCUUCCCUUUGGCAGUGAAAGGAUUAUAAAUAUAAUAUAUAUAUUUCGGUAUUUUUAUUUCUAUCUCUGUGCUGUGAAAGUUCUAUUCCAAAGACGUAUGAAUCAGAAUUUUUUUUUUUUUUGAGUGUACUUAAGUUAUCGAAAGUAUUUAAAAAUUUAAGCGUGCCUGUUGUUUAUUAAUAUUAUUCUGCAAAAUUAUAUGCUGCCUGGAUGCCAACUGGUUCUGCUGUUGCAGACCAGAAUGUUGUUAUUUUAAAUACAAAACUAAAUAAAUUUGCAAAGAAAAAUA